UCCGCUCAACUCCGUCAACGGCGCAAACAGGGGCGAGCGGCUGGGAGGGAAGAGCCCGGCGCGUCGCCUCGUUUACCGUAAAGCGGAGGUUUGGUUUGACGGCGCUUGUGUUGGAGAGCCGCUUGUUAGCGGUGAUGCCGCCAGAGCAGCGAGCUGCCGCCUGCGCACGUCGGGCGUCCCCGCGUUUAAUCGCGCCAUGACCGAGGUGAGAUCUCCAGAAACGGACUCUUCGGAGGGCGUUGGAGACGAGGACGAGACCCGAAACGAGCUCGAGUUGGAGACUACGCGGGCUGAUGGGAGCGCGUCCGCAGAAGAGGGAACAGGAGACGAUGCUCUGCAGGAAGGAGGACAAUCGGACCGUCCUCCAGAGUCUCCUGUCAAAAGACCCACGCGCUCUCUUGCAUCGGGGUUGCUGCAGCGCCUUGCCAGGCUGUUCUUCGGAUGCCUGGCGGCGGUGGCAUGUGCCGUGCUUUAUGCCACCUACAUGUCUCUGUACCACGACAGAAAGUUCUGGUUUUCCAUAAGACAGGAGCUCGAGCGAGAAAUCACCUUCCAAGGAGGCAGCGGGUUCUACUAUUACUACUACAAGCACAUGCUGACGGCCGCGUCCUUUGAGAGAGGUUUUUAUGAGCUGAUGGUGGACAACAGGACCCUUUCGGGUCAGACCAUCAACGCAGUGGAGCGUUUCUCGCUGUAUCCAGAGCUCAUCACAAGCUUCAUAUACAGACUCACGGGCGGCCAGGAUUUUGUGGAGCCGAUCUACUUCUACGUCGGAGCGGUUUUCGGCCUUCAGGCCGUCUAUGUAACCGCCUUGUUUGUGUGCAGCUGGGUGAUGAGCGGCACCUGGGUGGCCGGCAUGUUGACCGUGUCCUGGUAUGUGAUCAACAGACCGGAUACAACCAAAGUGGACUACGCCAUUCCUCUGCGGGACAACUGGGCUCUGCCUUACUUCUCCUGCCAGGUUGCAGCUCUGACUGGGUUCCUGAGUAAUAACAUCCGCUCUGCCACCGAGAUGUGCUGCUACCUCACGCUGAGUGCCACCACCUUCGUCUUCCUGCUGGUGUGGGAGCACAGCCACUACGUGCUCUUCGUCCAGGGCCUCUGUCUUCUCUUGCUGGACUCUUUUGACCUGGUGCCAGCGCGUAAGAUGGCCGACAUCCACAAAGCGUACCUCGGCGCUCUGUUCCUGGCCUACUUGUUCCACUUCCAGAACGCGGCCCUGCUCAGCUCGCCUCUGCUCAGCCUGCUGAUUGGCUCAGUGCUCGCGAGGUACUUCCAGCAAAAGAUGAAGAUGGGACCUCUCGUGGCCAGAGUCAUGAAGCUCUUCCUUCACUUCCACCUGGUCUUUACCACUGGAAUCACCUUCAGUUAUUUGGUCAAGAAACUUGUGCCUGUAAGUGAGAGCGACUUCAUUUUGAAAUUCCUUGAAGUAAAAUUUGGGCUCAACACGACGACUGACUUCGUCACCAACAUCCUCCUGUGCCAGGAGAGUUUCCAGACGCCCGGCCAGGACUUCUUCCUGCGCCUGACGCAGGCCUCGGUGCUUCCCUUCUACCUGCUGGUGCUCACUGUGUGUCUGCUGUCCACCCUGCAGACCAUUUACAGGAGGCUCAGCGGCCAGCCAAUGACGGCGAACCUCCGACUUGAAGAUGGACGCGUAGGGGAGCAGCCCGAGGUCAUCUAUCAUGUUUUUCACACGUUGCUUUUCGGAGGCCUGGCCCUGCUGUUUGACGGGAUGAAAUAUUUAUGGACCCCGUACGUCUGCAUGUUCACAGCGUUCGGCGUGUGUUCUCCAGAGCUCUGGAUGACUGUGUUAAAGUGGCUCAAACUGAAGUCCAUCCACCCGAUAGUACUGUCCUUGAUCCUGAGCACAGCAGUUCCUACUAUCAUUGGUUUCAGUUUAUGGAGAGAGUACUGCCCUCGUGUCUUAGCGGAGUUGUCAGACGUGCAGGAGUUUUACGAUGCAGACACAGUGGAGCUCAUCAGCUGGAUCAACUCCCAGGCUCCGGGGGCGGCGGUCUUCGCAGGAAGCCCUGAGCUGUUGGGAACGGUGAAGUUGUGUUCAGGUUCAGCCGUUACCAGUUUACCGCUUUACUCCGACGUCCACCUGCUGAGGAGGUCAGAAGACAGUUAUCAGGUGUAUUCAAUGAGGUCUGCAGAGGACAUCUACAAGAUUUUGACCUCUCAGAAGGCAAACUAUGUGAUCAUCGAGGAGUCAAUUUGCAACGAGCUUAGUCCUAAUAAGGGCUGUCGGAUCAAAGACCUGCUGGACAUCGCCAAUGCACAUGUGGUUUAUGACAAAGGAGAGAUUUACUCUUUCUCCAAGCACGGGAGGUUCUGCCACGAGAUAAAGAUGAACUACUCACCCUACACAAACUACUUCACCCGGGUUUUCUGGAACCGAUCGUACCACGUGUACAAAGUGAACUCGGUCAUCUCCUUUCAGUACUGACAGCGCCCCCCCCGCCUCCUCCCGCUGCGUCUGGCUCCGGCCUCCACGGCGCAUCCACCAUGUCACAGAGCACUCAAGGGACAGUGUCUACUCACUGGGAUCUCCCACACGCCGGAGUAGACGCUGACGCUGUAAAGUCAAACACAUGAUUUGACUAAGACCAACAUGAAAGGGCUCUGUUUGAUGGCAUGAGCAAUGAUCACUGUAGAAUCAAUGAGCUGAUGUGUGUGCGAAAGGUAAAGGCGAGCAAACCACCUUUAACCGUUCCCUCUUCCCUGGGUCUUACCUGAAGUAUCGGGUGGAAAGUUCCCUCUGGUGCUACCAAGUCUGACCAAUAGCUGUCUAUCUGCAAAAGGCCAUGUAGUGAAAAUAAAAAUGUGUGAAAAAC